UGAAUCAUAAAACGUACUUGAUUUUUGUUGAGAAGAAUUUCAGUCGUAUGUUAAAUCAGAAAAUGGAUUAUAAUGAAAAUGAUUCAAUACUCAGAAUCAAUAAAAUGGUUGACAAUUUCAGACGGUUAUGUUGUUGUGAACAAUGCACAGAAUCUUCAAGCUAUUCAACAUCUCCGAGAAAUUACACAAACUUUUCUGUGAAACAGAUUCUGUGGCAAGAUUUUAGAAGGGGAUUGCAAUAUGAUUCGGAUGGUACCUACAUGUCCGAAAAUAGCGACGUUUAUUCCAGCUGCGAUGAAUGUGAAAGGUGCUCAAGCCCAAACAUGCAAUUAUCUACAAGUCCAGAACCUUUAGAUCUUUCUAAAAAAUACAUCCGCUUUGCCAAUGAAGAAUCAAACAGAUGGACUCCAAACUUGAAACCUACAAGAACUGGUUUUCAAGCAGACGAAGACGGGUAUUCUUCCUCCGAUUCUGAGGUUGCGCAUGCGCUUGACUUGCGUGUUCAAAGAAAGAAAACGCCUCCAAAAGUGAACUCUGGUAUUCCAGCUUGGGUGUUUUGCACCAGAUAUUCGGACAGACCAUCAGCGGGUCCACGUGCACGCAGGCGCAGAAGCGGAGUGAGGCAGCCACGUACCCGCACGGCCUUUAAUGACUUCCAGCUGGAACAGCUAAAUAUAGAAUUCGACAAUGACCAGUACUUAUCAGAGAGCAGACGACAACGUUUAGCAAAUGAGUUAAACCUAAAUGAAGCCAAUGUGAAGAUAUGGUUUCAAAACAGACGCGCAAAAUUGAAGAAAACUGGGGACCCGCGUCCGCUGGCUCUUCGGCUGCAGUCAGAGGGACUCUAUAACCACAAGCCAACGUGAUAAUUUAUUCAAGUCCCUGUGUGACAGUAUCAAUUAAGACUAUUGUUGAGCAUAAGCUGCAGAAUAAUAUGCUCAGUAUUUCCUUAUUUUGGUCUUGUAAACUGUAUUACAUUUUUUGCAAGUGUGAUUUUCAGGGCUUGCCUUGAAAAGCCCAAAUUUAUCAUUGUAUGAAGAUUUAUUCUGAUAUAUUUAUUUUAUAUAUUCAUAUAAUAGUUUUAUUUUCCUAGAUUAGUUAUUAUAGAAGAUCACAGGGGCUGGUAUCCCUGUGGCUCAGGUUGUCACCUGUGGUGAUACAAAUAAAGCUCAUAGCCUACUGUGGUUGGCUGUUCAUGUAUAUAUUUCAGAUUCUCAUUCAGUCAGUAUGAGAAAUCACAUAAUAUGUUCUGUUUUUCUACAUUUUACCACCGAUGCAGUCUGUCUAUACAGUGUAUUUAUUUUCUUCAUUAUUUAUUUACUUUGCUCAUCUUUUUUUUGAAAAUUUCUUCAUUAAUGUAACGUAUUAUUACAUACAUGUAUUCCUCACUAUUACUUAGAUUGCUCAUAUUUUCUGUCUCACGUUUUACCAAAGAACUACAUAUGAGCCGCACCAUGAGAAAACCAACAUAGUGCGUUUGCGACCAGCAUGGAUCCAGACCAGUCAGGUCAGGAUCCAUGCUGUUCGCUUUCAAAGCCUAUUGCAAUUAGAGAAACCUUUAGCGACGGCGCGGACGCGCAGGCUGGUCUGGAUCCAUGCUGGUCGCAAACACACUGGUCACUGGUGGUUUUCUCAUGGCGCGGCUCAUAUUUACAUUCAAUGUUUUUGAAUUCCUCAUGUAUCUUACAAAUCAGUUGCAAGAAUUCCAAAUGUCAUCCAAAGCUUUUUCGUGUAGAGUAAUUUUCUUUGAUUUCGUACGUAUAUGUGCGUACGUGCAGUCUACUGUGUUUGUGUGAUUUGAUAUGAAUGCGUGAACGUAUAUUUUAUAAGUAGCUCAGUUUGCAAUAAAAGAAAAUAAAUUAUAAAUUGCA